AUGAACGAUGGAUGGCCACGGCAUUUUGCCCUCUUCGUACGGGAUCGCGGCCCUAAGGUGCUUUUUGCCCGGUGGAGGGGGGGGGGAUUCCAAGCGCUGCCAAACUCUAAAAAUACAGGAUGCAAAUCCCACGGCGGAUCAAAAAUCCCAUGGGUGAGUCUUCCGCUGGUAAUUAGGAAUCACAAACGCCUCGAUCCCAAGCCUCAUACAUCACACGAAGCCCGGCAGUCUGGGGAAAGGACGAACCCUCCAUCCCUCUCCUUUCUCACACCUCUGCAAGCCUUCACAGACCAGUCAAGUUCGAGGAAGCAGAGGGGAACGGAGAGCGACAGCCCCCAGAGGGGUGUGUGUGGCGUUAGACUUUUUGAUCUGCUGCCAUCCCUCACACAGAACAGCAACCAUUGUACACACACCCCCUUCCUCGCUCACAAGUUGCAUUUCCAGCUGGGCAACGCAGCGAGGGAGAAGGAGGAGGGUCCAUCGCCGCCACAGAGCAUCGUCGAUCGUUAA